AAAGUGAAGCCAAAGCUGAAUCAAGCAGUUCAAUGGCAGAGGGGCAAUCCGUGGAUGAGUUCCCUCUUGGUCAGCAUGCUCAGAUUCGUGGGCUCUCAUCGAAGCCUGAACUGAAUGACCAGUACUGUGUGUCGAGGGGCGUCAACCCUGACAAUGUUGAGCGGCUUUUGGUUGUGACCAGCGCUGGUGCGCAGCUGUCGCUGAAGCCUUCCAACCUGCAAGCAACAGAGUUGUUGCCUGGGUCACAGGUGGUGGUGGUGGGACUGACUAGCUCUUCAGGCUCCAAGCUCAACGGCAAGAGCGGUGAAGUGCUGAGCUGGCACGGGGACCGCUGGAUUGUUGACAUGACAGAAUCGAAGGAACGAAAAUCGUUCAAGCCAGAAAAUGUGGUUAUUGUGCCAGAGCGUAUAACAAAAAAACGUAAAGUGGAGGAGCCGCCUCCGGAGGAGAAGAAGAUGAAGACUUCCGACCUCAGAGACAUAGAAUCUUCAGAUGAGACUGUGGUGGCACGCUGUCUCCUCCGCUUGCUUCGCGAGUUUGAGAUAGUCGCCCAGAAGUGUAUUUGCGUGCUGGCCACGAAGACAAGCAUGACAGUUAUGAAUGAGCUCGCGGCGCACCUGACCGACAAGCAGGCAGAUGGCCUCUUGCGACGCCCUUUAAGACCUGGCGAGAAGGUGAAGGGCAUUGAAGAGUUGGAUGCGCAAGAGCAAGCUGUUUUGCUCUGUGAGAAGAAAGUGCGAUCGUUGGCCAAUUCUGUGCGUAUCAACUACUGCGAUCUCUACGGCUUUUUGAAGUUUGGCUUCAAGGAAUUCGCGAUCAGUUUAAAUCGACCAAGGGUUUGUAAGCUCGACUAGGAUGCCAGCAUUCCGAGUUCCGAGUUUCUUCGAUUGUCGACACAAGUAGCGACUCGACUGCCUUUCUCCAACUUAAGCUCGAACAGUUUUAAGGUCUUGAUACCACGUGAUUAGGGGUAUCCAGCUGCCAGAGCAACAGUUAGCC